AGGUGUAAAGUAAGAGUUUUUCUACAUUAUUAUUAUUUUGACAAUACCCAUCUUAAAACAAUGUACUAAAUCAUUUGUAUUCCUUAAUACAUAUGUUAUAAUAUGAUUUUAUAACCAUCCUUCAAAAUAAAUAGAGAAUGUUUUAAACCUUAUAGAUCUUUACUUAAAUUGUUAAGUUUGUCAGUCAUUGGAGGUGAUAACUGUUAGAUAUGGGAAAGAAAGACUGGAGAACAACGUAUUUAAAGCCAUCAGAAGUUGUCCUACAUUAUCGGCCUGAUGAUUGUUGGGUGUCUCUCCUCGGGGUCGUUAAGGAUUUAACGCCAUUAAUUCAAGAAUACCGCAACACAUCUCUCAUAAAACCGUUGCUCGCCGAAGCGGGGAAAGAUAUAAGCCACUGGUUUAAAGAGGAUGGAGACAUUCAGACGUUCGUCCAUCCGGUAACAGGUGCUAUCAUGCCAUAUCUCCCUCAUGGAAAAAUACCGCACGCUGAACAGUCCGAUUUCCCAGAUCCAGACUGGAUGCCAUCACCUCAGUCGCCUUGGUGGAAGGAUGAAAAAUACAACGUGGGAAAACUGUCAAAAAAUAUUCGUCCCAUAAGAAUUCUUAACAUUUUAACCCAAAAAGAGAUUAUGCUCAAUGUUUGUGGAGAAGAGACAAUAGAACAAAUAAGGGAUCGGUAUUUGCCUUUUAACUCAAAUGCCAAAAGUUACACUUGGAAAUAUUACAAAAAGAAAUUGGCGAUGAAUAAGACUCUGGAAGAAAAUGGCAUUAAAGAUGAAAAGCAAAGAUUUCGCUUUCUCGGGCUUCCAGAAGAUCUUCAUACGCCUUGUCUCAUGCUGUAUUAUGACGAUGAUUAUGAAUAAAAUUACAAUGGAUUUGAAUUAGAA